AUGACUUCUCAUGACGACAUUCCGCCGCCGCCUUACACUGAGACUGAUGUCUACUCGGCCUCGGGCGCCGCCCGAUCGCGCACGGGUGACGAUGCUGCCAGUUUACCUCCUUCGGCGACAUCAUCAACCGGAGAUGUGAUCUACACCCCGCCACUGACUCCUCGAAGCAGUCACCAAUCCAACUUUGGCAACAGUGCUGACCACCUCACAACCUCAUCCGCAGCCGCCUAUUUCGAGUCGAGACCUGCGCAUUCGUUCUAUUCCGGGCAACAGCUCGUACACUCCAUCACUGCCGGCAACGGCAGCUCCCCUGACGACUUCCCAUACCCAAGCGAGUGGGCAAAUCGAGACGUGAAGGUCGAGGACUGGCAGACGUUCAUCAACUAUCUCAUCCCGCACCACGCGGCGCAGAGCAACUCGCGCAUCGUCGACCGCAAGCUGCGCGCCGAGGGCGUCAGCGACGAUGGCCGCUCCGAGAAGAGCGUCCGAAGCCACGCAGAGGCGCAGCUGAGCCAGAUCCGCUCCCCAUCCGAGGCCGCGAAGGGGAGGCAGAACCUCGAGGACACCGUCCGGGAAUGGAACGACGGAUUCUUCGCCAUGCGCGGCAUCACUAUCAGGUUGAACCCCGUGACGGACGAGCCACACGUUCCGGGAGGUUGGGACCAGUCCUUCGACCAGCCAGCCGACGCCGCCGACGCCAGUGGUUCUCGAGACGGCCGCGGCCGCGGGCGAUUUGGGCGGCUUAACCCCUUUGGCGGUGCGGAGAACCCCUCCGGCGGCUUCCGCUUUGGACCCUUCGCAGUAGAUGGCGAUCGCGUCUCCAUCGGAAACAAUUUCGUCGCCGACCGACACGGCGUGCGCUUAGGCGGACUGGUCGCGGAUAACAACGGUAUCAGCCGCGGGGGCGUCCCGUUCAUCCCAGGGGCUUACCAGGACUCCCCCCGCGGCGGCCGCUCCGAGGGCCAUCGGCGCUGCCAACCGGGCGGGCCCUUCGGGAUGGGCUUCGGCCCAGGCGCAUAUGGCGACUGUGAUAUGAGAGGCGGACGGGGUCGCGGCAGGGGCCGACAUUCGGAUGACCACAAGCACCGAGUCCGGUCUCGCUCCUCGUCCAGCUCCUCCUCGGGCUCGUCGUCCUCCUCCGCCUCGUCCGUCGGCUCGCUGCCCGACUACGACGACCUGCGAGACACCCAGCUCCCCGUGACGAAGAACCUGCUCCAGAACUGGCUGAACCACCCGGACCAGCCGGCCACCAAGGAGAGCGUCAAGCAGGUGAAGCAGGAGAUCAAGGCCGCCAAGAAGAAGCCAGCCAACGACCCCGCCAACCUUUCCUCCGCCGACAAUGCCGCCCUCCGCCGCGAGGUCAAGGGCCUGAUGCAGCAGUGGAAGGAGCUGAAGAGGCAGCAGAGGCAGUUGAAGCGCCAGCUGAAGCGCGAGCGCCGCGAGGCCAAGAGGGCCGCCAAGCGCGAGCGCCGCAAGGCCAGGCGCGAGACGAAAGAGUCCCGCCGCCGCGCCAAGAGAGGCGAGCCCGCAGCACCCGCGGCCGGGAACGCACCCUACGGCGGCGGCGGCGGCUCGUGGUGGAAUUCUCAGGGUGGCCCGGCCACCAACCGCGGCGGAUCCUGGUGGACCUCCCCCGGACCGCAAAACCCUCCCGGCGUGCCUGGCGUACCCGGCGUGCCGGGCGUGUCGCCACCGCAUGCCGGUCCCGGCGGCUUGCCGGGCCCGCUGGGCGGACUCUUUGCGCGCUUCGGCGGACCGCCCGGCCGUGGGGGCGGGUUCGGUGGGCCCCCAGGCGGGUUCGGCGGGCCCCGAGGCGGGUUCGGCGGGCCCUCCGGAUAUGGUCCGUUCGGGCGGUUCCCCGGGGCGUGGCCCGGCGGCGCGGAGGAGGGCGUCCACGACCAGGAGGGGUCGGUGUCGGGGGCCAAGUUCAGGGCCGCGGAGGAACUGGAGCGGAAGAUUGUAGCGAAGGAGGCCGAGCUUGAGAGGGCGCACGAGGAGAUCUCCAGGGAGGAGGAAGCGAAGGCUCGGGAGGGUGGUCGGUGGGAGGACGUGAAGACGCAGUCGAAGGCGCAGCUGGCUGCGCAGAGGAUCGAGCUGGAGGUGGACGCGCUCCAGGCGGACAUGGAGAGGCUCCGGUUGGAGGCUGACGCGGAGCUGGCGAGGGAAAUCGCCGAGCAGGACGCGAGAGGUUAUUAA